GGCGCUCCCUCGCUCCCUCCCCGCACUCCCCGGCUCCGGCGCGCGCUGGCGGGGCUCCGCAUUGCACACUCUGGGGGCGCCGCAGUGUUCGUGGGAUGGGGCAGCGGGCUGCCGCUGGCGGCCGGAAUCCGCGUGCAGCCCGGAAUCCAGAUGAGAAUCCAGUCUUGUUUUUAUUCUGUGUAAAAGUUUCUCAUGGAUUUUCAAAAGCUCCAGGAUUUUGGCAGAACUCCCUGAGGUUCGAGUUCUCUCUCGUCGUCCUGAGUCCCCGCUUCUGGGCGCCCUGUAUGAGUGACAUGGAAUCUGGCCCUGCCCUGGCCUGGCUCCUGCUUCUGAGCCUGCUGGCUGAUUGUCUGAAAGCCACUCAAUCCCGAGACUUCACAGUGAAAGACAUUAUCUACCUCCAUCCUUCAACCACACCAUAUCCUGGUGGAUUUAAGUGUUUCACCUGUGAAAAGGCGGCAGACAAUUAUGAGUGCAACCGAUGGGCUCCAGACAUCUAUUGUCCUCGAGAGACCAGAUACUGCUACACUCAGCACACAAUGGAAGUCACAGGAAACAGCAUCUCUGUCACCAAACGCUGCGUUCCACUGGAAGAUUGCUUGUCCACUGGCUGCAGAGACUCUGAGCGUGAAGGCCACAAGGUCUGCACUUCCUGUUGUGAAGGAAAUAUCUGUAACUUGCCGCUUCCCCGAAAUGAAACUGACGCCACAUUUGCCACAACAUCACCCAUAAAUCAGACAAACGGACACCCACACUGCAUGUCAGUGAUAGUGUCCUGCUUGUGGGUGUGGUUGGGACUCACAUUAUAGCAGCUCAAAGGCGUCAUGUAUAGUAGCGAUCCCUGGGGAUCUCAAUGGUCCAUAGUCAUGCAUGAGUCGUUGGCCUGACAAUAGUUACACACGUGAAACCACAAUACUCACAGAUGUCUUCAUGGCCAAGCAUUUCCACUUGUCAUGAGGAACAAGCAUUGCUUCAGUGUAGUCAUUUCAAGUUCAAGACCUCAUCAAAGCCAGCCUGCCCCCAAACAAACCCUGCGUUCUAUACCACAAACCUUUGUAUUCACACUGGGAAAUAGUUCUGCAUUUAUUGAGCUCUGGGGCUCUUAAUCUGGAAUGUGUGUGUGAGCUACAGGAGGUCCUGGGACCCUCUGAGAUGUUAGGCAAUAUGUUAUAUGGACAUGCGUAGAUGUGUGUUUUUCAGGAGAAAGGUAAAGGACCACUGGUUUAAAUAUAAUUAUGAAUUCAUUUAUAGCUUUAGAAUUUUAAGACUUUAAUUCAAAAAUGAAUGGACUAUUUCCGGUGAGAUUCUGAAUGAGUCUUGAAAAAGUAGUAAGCAAUUGUCCAAUUUAAUUUUCCCAACAUUUUUCUUGCAGUAGUGGGAAUCAUAUUCCCUCUGCUCUGUGUGGGAGAUAAAAAGGCAAUACAUACAAGUUUGUUGUAUGGGGAGAGCGGUGGAUGAAGAAGGGUUUUUCCCAACUUAACGGAACUAGCAUCCAUAAACUAGCUAUAUCUCUUCAUAUAACUGGUGAGAUUGGCCUUGAUUUGGCACCUAAUUGUGCUUCGUGAGAUCUUGGAUUUUACCUGCACCAAUGGGUAUCCAAAGAGUCCCAAAGCGGGCUGGGGUUGUUCUCUUCAGUCAUGGGGUUCUGUUCAGACAUAACUAAUCUUGAGAGAGAUUGGAUUUCAGAAUGAGAGGAAAGAGAUGUGUGCAGGUUGAUCCUAGUUCAUGGUGAGGGCCCAGUAAGUAGCUUAGCUAGAUCAUCUUCCAUCUGCACUUCAUACUGCCAAAGAGCCCUCCAUUCCUCCUCUUUCAAAUCCCCAGUGACUUUAGGGGGAAGAUUCAGCAUUAAGCUGAUAGGGAAAGAAGACAUAAUAUCCUAGGAUGAGCAGUAAGUGGACCAGUGGAGUGAUCGUGAGACUAGUAAGGAGACCCAAUGGGAAGUUUUUAUUCUUUUAAAUGAUUGCUUUUCAAGUAGAUAGUAAAAUUUUCACCAUCCUUCCUAUAUUUUGGGCACCCCAAGUUAUGUUUUUUUCUUCUUCCUUGUAAAUCAUUUAUACAAUAUUUAUUUUUGUAUGGCAUAAACUAAAAUAUAUUGUAAAAAAUUCUUUAUUCUGACAAAACGAUCAAAUUAGAAUACUUAUUUUUCAACAGUGGUAGAGAUUGUAAUAUAUGGUUGUUGAAAGUUAUCUAUAAUACUUGCACCAGUGUUGAAAAAAGUUAACUUAUGUUGUGAGCAAGAGUAAGGUGUUGGCCUCAAGGUUUUUGCCCAUGGUUUCCCCGUGGUGUUGUCUCAGAAGAUUUCAGGUGGUGACCGUCACUACUAUGAGUUUCUCUGUAGGGUUAUGGGGCAUAUUUGCAUGAAAUUUGGUAGAGCCAUUGCUCAUAAAGUGGAGAGUGUUGUCAGGGUCCAUCUACCCUACCCAGGAAAAUGUCUCUGGCUCAUAAAAUGAGACCCCCUCAGGGACCAAAUAUGAACUGACAGUGGUAACUCUGCUGCGGAAUAAUCUAAAUUGCAUCAAAUGGCCUUAAAUCAGUUUUGUAGGCUUGUCAAUAUGUUGCUUAUAAUUGGAGUGGGGGAAGGAGGGAGAGAGAAAGCAAGACAUUUAUUAAGCACCUCUUAUGUGCCAGGCACUAUGCUAAGCACUUUACAUAAGUUUGGUCAUAUAAUCCCUGCAAGCCCCCUGAAAGGAGUAUUACUAGUAUUUACACUUUACAGAUGAAGGUACUGAGGCUCAAAGGAGCUCAAUAACAUGAAGCCUUUUCCUUCCGAUUUCGGUUAUAUUGGGUGAGGUGGGAUUAAAGAGGAAGGGAAGGUGGAAUUACCACCCCUAGGAAAACUGCCAAGCCUGACCAAGAAAUUUGUCCAUCUUAUCACGUGGAGUUUGUCUGGUCCUGCCUCUGCAGGAUGCCAUUUGCAUGUGUCCCCAGAUGGUGUUUUUCUUUGGGGGGUGGAGGUAUGGCUUCCUCAUUCAUUCCUCUUGCUAAAAGAGGAGACAGGUUAAUCCUACAUCUAAAGAUGCUAUAAAGACAAUGAAAAUUUGAUGUUGUACAUAUCUACAAGUACCAUUUUUUGCAUGGUCACUCUCCACUGACACCUUCCAAGUACUGCAUGCGAUUUGAGUAAGAGAAAAAGUCCAAAUGUUGGUUCUUAACGAAAAAGCGACUACUCCAAAGCCUCCCUGGCUGGUGUGCAGGGACCAGGUCUACAAUGGUGCGAACUCAUCUGCCACCCAGGGAGUCACUGCACAUUCCACACGGAUGUGGCUAUGUGCACCCCGUGUGCCUGUCAGAAUGACUAGUAUUUCAUUCUCUUGAAAGAAAAUGGUUUGUUCGCCAUCCACAGCCUCACGGAGCCAAGGAAGGGCCAUUCAGGUGGAAGGCCCAGGACUGGUCAUCCAUCUGACUUUUCCACCACAUUAAACUUUACAUUACAUCCCACCACUAGUGACGCGGCCUGAAGUGCAAAGAGCCGCGAUAUGUAUAUUAACCUAUGUGCCACUUAUUUAUUUUUAGACUCCUCACGGUGUUCAUGUCAAUAUGGGAUUAAUGCCUAAAUUGUGUAAAUAUUGUACAUUUUGUAAAUCAAUGAAUAAAAGUUUUAAGUGUAUCUCACCAGGCUCCUCCCUGCAAAUGCACAUGUCAAUCAAUGAUUAAGGCACCCAGUUAGCUUCAGGGCUCUUAGUGUCCCAGGGAACUUCCUUCCAGGAGUUCACUUUCUAGUGGUACAGACAAGAAAUACGUGCAUGAAAAGAUAUAAGACAGUUCACCCAUGCCAAAUGAUUCAUAGAGACAGUAAGUCCUGCAGAAAAUCAAGGAAGGAAAGAUUACCAGACUUUUCAACCAGGUAUGCGGUUUCCCUAGAACAUUUUCUUUGUUAAAUCAGGAAACAAAAAGAUGAUGUGAGUGUGUGUAUCUGUAUAUCCAAAUACUACCACAUCAGUUCUUUAUUUUUAUAUUUUAUUCUCUUCUUGGGGUGAAUUAUGUUAGUGAUGAUACAAUAGGAAGCAUUUUCCCUUGGUGGUUUCUUCUGCAAUAGGCAACAAAUAUUUGAGUAGUAUAAAUGUCAUUUUCAUCUACGCAAUGAAUUUAUUGUAUUCUUCUUAGUAAAAUGAUAGACAUUGAAAGUGACCUUGAAAAUCCUCCAGCUUGUUUGUCAUUCAUAGUUAUUUAAUGCCCUAUAUUUUGAAAUUCUCAGGGAAAUACAUGUUUUCUCCAAAGUUAGAGGUUUUCUUUAGGAUCUGGAUCAGUGACAUGGUUGGUCCUCAUUAAAGUGUUGUACAUAGAUGAAGAUAGCUCUUAUCACUAACUUCUAUGAAUAGCUCUGUGAGUUUCACACUUAAUGUAAACGGCACUGUGAGUAGACUGUGCUUUUAGAAAACCUGAUUUUGAAAACACAGACUUACACAGUGACCCAAUUUUGGGGGUUAUAAAGGAUCCUUCACUUUAUAAAGGCAUUUUAUAUCUCUUUUCUAACACAUUUAUAAGCUUUUAUUUAUAAACAACAUUUAGAGCAUACCAGGUAUGUAAAGCCAGAUGUGGUACCUUGCCUACAUUAUGGUAACUUUUAUGUGACUACUUAAAGCACUUUCACAAAUCUUUUUAAUAAAUUACUUUUAAUUUA